AUUCUCCUCCCUCUGUUGUCGGCCAUCAGUUAACGUGAAGAGUUCAAGCCCGGAACUUUCAUCGAUGUCCCUAUCGAGAGAACUUAAUUGACCUUCCCGUCGUUGCCCUUGCCAGGCAUUUUAUCUUCAUUAAUUAAUGUCUUACAUAAUAUACAUCUACCGCAAAUUAUUGGCGGUGCUCAUCAGAGCUGUUGUCACGCGUGGCAAGCGCAUUUCUGCAAGUCCAGAUGAUGUCCUUCAGAUAAAGUCGCGAGACGCGGGUAGACACUUGAGAGCUCACAUCUAUCGGCCAGCAACUGCGUCUUCACCAUCGCCUGUCCUCAUAAACUUCCACGGAAGCGGGUUCUUGUUACCGCUUCACGGAAGCGACGACGAAUUCUGUCGGCAAGUCAGUCGAGAGACAGAAUAUACAGUGUUGGACGUCCAAUACCGGCUGGCGCCAGAACAUCCAUUUCCAGCGGCGCUUAACGACGUGGAGGAUGCGGUCAACUGGGUCCUGCAACAGCCAGACAAAUUCGAUUUGACUCGAGUGGCUAUCUCCGGCUUCAGCGCUGGAGGGAAUCUCGCGAUCGCGGCAGCUUCGGUGCUCUUCCCACGAGAGACAUUUCGAUCUCUCCUCGCAUUCUACCCACCGCUCGAUUUGUACACAGACCCUGGAGCCAAAAGCCCGCCGGAUCCGGCAGGCAAGCCCAUUCCUCCACCUUUGAGUCGACUGUUCGACAAGUGCUACGUCCCUUCCGCAUAUGAUGCCAGAGACCCGCGUAUUUCACCAUGCUAUGCGCAGCCCGAGAGGUUCCCAGAUCGUGUUCUUGUUGUGACAGCGGCUGGCGACAGCCUGGCCGGUGAAGCUGAAGCCCUCGCUGCAAAGAUAGCCAAACUGCCAGGUCGCCAGGUCGCGUGCCAGAGAAUGCAAGGCUGCAAUCAUGCCUGGGACAAAAGUGCUCUUCCGGGAACCAUCCAAGGCAAUGCCAAAGAAAAAGCCUACGCCAUGGCCGUUGCAAUGUUGAUGCGCUAAGUGGCCCGGUUAAUGGUCUUCCACGUGGUGUGAUCCACAGCUUAUUUGCCUCCCCCUUUUUAGUGAUGCUCUUGGUCACAUGCGGACUUGCAAGACUUGGAAUUUGAAAGUCAAGAACAUUGCUUAGAUAGCUGAUCGCUCAGACUCAGCCCUUACUAAAUAUCAGU